ACGCAACACGUGUGACAUAUAAAAAUUGUAGGUUAUGUUUCCUCGUCAAAAAAACAAUUUCACUACUUUAGUAAAAUAUAACAAUAAUGUCCUUGUCACAGAAACACUUUGGAAAAGUCCUGGUCCCUUGGUUUAACAUAGCGGAAUGGAAAACCGUUUACAGUUUAAUUUAUUCAGAAUCCGGCCAAGACUGGCCAAAAGCUUUGGCCAUUUUAAAAAUCUGGAAACUCCGAACUCCCUUAUUGUCAGCAGGGGUGGAAGGAACCCUCAUAGUCCUGGAAGCACUUCUUGUAAAUAGAAACCUAUUGUCUUCCUAUGAAAGCAGCCACAUUUUUUCCACGUCUCUGGUCCGAUUUUUAAAUUUAUGUGCUGCCAACAGUGACAAACAAGGGACGUUUUAUAAAACUGCGAGAAAGAAUGAUUUACCUAAGUGGUUGAUCAGUUUAAGACAUGAUGUUGCCCACAGUCACAAAGUUCCACCUUUAUCAAUGUUGGAGUUGGGUCUUAAGUUUUGUUUGGACUGGUUGAAAGAUAAGUAUUGGGAUGUACAAUGUGAAAACAUGACUGAUUUCAUUGUGGAGAAAGCUAUUUCGACUGUUAUAGAAGAUGGGGUUUACAUUUUAGAAAAUUUGAGUGAAAACGAAGUUGUGCAAAACAAUUUUGAAUUGAUGAAAAAAAUUAUUGACUUUCUGGGGGAAGCACCGAGACAGACUAGUUACAAAAAAGUAUUAGAAUGUGUGCUUAACAGAUUGAGAGAAGAAAUAAGAAAUAAUAAAGAGGCUAGUUCUGAUGUAAUUUGUAAAUCACUAGUGGAUAAUCUCACAAUUUUAUCAAUUGAAUUAGAGGUUGAUGAGACAGGAGUUAGAAAAAUUCCAUCUGAUUCUUUAAAUAAAUGGAAUAAUUUGUUAAAUAUUAUGCAUGAGAUACAAAUAAUGCCGAAUUUUAUUUAUAAACUGUUUAAUUUUGUGUGUAAUGAUAAAAACGAUUUUUUACAUAGAGAAGUUGCAAGUUUAUGGAUCAAAGAAAUUUUUUUAGCAGUCCUAAGCAAUUGUAAUAAUGAAAAUGUUUUGUCUUUCACGCGUCAAAAUACUUCUUUGAAAAUAAAGCAAUUUGCAAUAGAAGUAUUGGAAAAACUAACUCUACUUACGCAAAAUUUUGCAAGAGAAGUUUUAACAUACAACAACGCUCCUUCUGAAUUAAUUGAAGAUUAUUUUUGUCUCAUGUCUGCAUUUUUUCCAAAUAGCGUUAUUACUACUAAUGGGAAAUUUUUUACUGUUGAUGAUUUAGAGUUAAUUGAAGACACUUUUAAUGAUGUAAAGAAUGUGUCGACGCAAUCUAAAUCACGCUGGACUGUAAUUGAAGAUACAAGUUUAUUCCUUAAUUUGCCAUUAGGAAUCCUGCCCCACCAAGACAGAAAUAAGAAUCCUGCUCUAGAAAUAUGAAUUUUAAUGUAAGAAAGUAAUAAUAAAUAUUUUUUGUACAUUUUAAA